AUGAACCACUACUCGAUGUAUACAUCUCUUAAAGACUUCAUCUCGUCUCCGAGCAACUCCUCCGUCAAGUUGUCGUCUUCAACGGUAACAGCUUUCAUGUGUUAUCCACUGUCGGAGAUAUAUCGAUUCGCGAUCCUUUUGGUUUUAUCUACAGGCGACGGAGUCGGCUUCGUCGGAGGACUCGGCUAG